CCUAAAGAUAUAAGAAUGACUGGUGAAAAUGUUGCAACUCAAAGAAAAGUCCUCGUAAAAUGGGUUAACUAUAUCAUCAGCAAUAAUGAUAAAAGUUUGCAAAUACAUGAUGCAUUGGUAGAUUUUCAAGACGGCCUAGUUUUUUUAAAAUUGGUGGGAGCAGUAACAGAAGAAAUACUUGGGCUUUACACACAUCAACUGAGGGGAUAUAUAUCAACCAAGAAUUAUACUCAAGAAAAAGGAUCAACAAGAAUUCACAAGAUUUUUAAUGUAAAUAAAGCCAUAGAAAGUUUAAGAAGACAUGUGAAAUAUUUAGAUAUUACACCAACAGAUAUUGUUAAUGGAAAAAUUGAAUCAACUAUUGGAUUUCUAUGGAUGAUAGUGGAAUACUACAGAAGGAAAAAAUAUAUGCAUCAAGGGAAAGAAUCUAAUGAAAAUGAAAGAGUACUUCUUUUAUGGUGUCGACAAUGUACACAAAGGUACAAGGAAGUAAAUAUCCAAAAUUUUACGACUUCAUGGAAAGAUGGAUUGGCAUUUAAUGCUUUGUUAAACUUUCACAGACCAGAUUUAUUUGAUUAUCAAAAAUUAUUGGGGCAAUCUCCUAAAGAAAAUCUUCAGCAUGCUUUUCAGAAAGCACAAGAACUUGGUGUUCCUCAACUUCUAGAUGUUGAUGAUGUACUUUCCGAAAUAGUAGACAAAAAAUGUAUACUGAUGUAUAUAACAAGUUUGUAUGAGGUUUUGAUUAAACAAAAAUAUGAAAAUGACGAAGCAGAUGGUCAACAUACCACUCGCUCAGAUAGUCCAACUCCAUCAUCGGUAUCAACAAUGUCAGAAUGGGACGAUUUUAAUGAGACAUUGCAACAAGUGCUUACAUGGCUGCAGCAGGCUGAAACACAGCUAAAGAAUCAAGAGAAUGUUUCAGGCAAUGUAGACAAAGUUAAAGAGCAGUUUCGAGAACAUGAGGAUUUUAUGAUGAUAUUAACUUCACAUCAAGCAAGUGUUGGAAGUGUUUUAGAGUUUGGAAGUCAACUUAUUAAUGAAAAUAUAGUGGUUGGAAAAGAAGAAAAAGAUAUUAGAGAACAAAUGACUAUUCUAAGUGAACGAUGGGAAAAUUUACGUGUAUCAGCAAUGCAAAGACAAGCUGAUCUUCAUCAACAUUUAAUGAAGCUUCAACAGUUACAAUUAAAAGAACUUGGAGAUUGGUUAACGAAAGCUGAAGCUAAAAUGAAAAGUGCAGAUCGAAUUGGAUCUGAUAUUGAUGUGGUUAAGCGACAAGUUGAGGAACACAAAUUAAUGCAGGAAGAUCUUGAAAAUCAACAACAGCAAGUGAAUUCUCUCAGUCAUAUGGUUGUUGUAGUGGAUGAAGCUGAGUCUGAAGAUGCAACUGCAGAUUUAGAGGAGCAACUUGGAAUUCUAGGGGAACGAUGGUCUCUUGUAUGUAAAUGGACAGAGUCACGGUGGAACAGUCUCCAGGAAGUUCUUAAGAGUUGGCAGGAAUAUAGAAAUGAAGAACAAAGAUUAAAUGAAUGGUUAUCAGAAAAAGAAAAGGCUCUUAAAGAAAUUUCAGAUGUUGACAUGGGUGACAAAAAAGAAGUGCAGUUGCAAAUCCAAAAAUUAAAGAGCCUGGAAAUCGAAUUAACACGCCAACAAGCUUCUUUUGGAAAUUUUAAUAAUGCUGCACAAACUGUGGCGCAAACAUUAGAGGAAGAUUCUCCUACUAUAAUUAAAAUUCAAGAUACUAUGGAAGAUUUUAAUAACAGAUGGAACAAAAUUGCAAGCAUGUUAAAUACAAAGAUGAAGCAUUUACGAACUAUGGAAAAUAAGCUGCAAUCAUUUUUGAAAGAAUUGGAAGAGAACUUACACUGGAUCACUGAUGCUCAAAUGUUGUUAAAACCUCAAAAUAAUCCACAAAAAGAAUUAGUCGAGUCUCUUCACCAAGCUAUAGCAAAACGUCGAGUCAGCAUAACACAACUUGCAAACACAGGGAAAGAACUUAUGAGUCAAACAUUAACUGCUGGGCAAUCUGGUAUGGGCAUACAACAAUCUUUAUUAAAUUUUACAAAUCAUUGGCAAUCUUUGCAGAAAAUGGUGAAUGAACUUAGACAAGAAGGGGAAGUGUCAGUCAUCAAGAAAAAAGUUUUAGUUGAAAUUCAAAAAGUUCUCACAAUAAUAACAGAGAUAACAACUUAUGUUGAGAAAGUUUCUGUACAAUUAGCAAAAGAUCCCAAAGAAUUAUUUAAAGUACUAGAGACAAAGCUUAAAGAAUUGACUACGUGCUCUGAAUUAUUGGAAAAAGUCUCAAAAGAGUGCCAAAAUAUAGCUGAUCCUGCAUUGAAAUCUGCUCUCAAUAUUGAGAUGGAAGACGCAAUGCAGAAGUUUAAAACGACAAAAGUUUUUUUGGAGGAAAAAAAAAAAUCAGUAAUGGUGACAAUGCAAAGUAUACCACCACAAGAAUUUACAGAUGGUAUAUCAUCAAUAAAAACUGUACUUGAUGAAGUAUUCCCAUUUGUUAGUAAAGAAUUCAAGUAUUCUGAAGCAACUGAGUUGAAAAUGUUGGCUGGAAACUCAGAAGAAAAAUUAAAAAAACUUAAACAACAAGAAUCUGGCUUGAAAUUUUUAUUUGACCACCAAAAUGAACUUUUGCGAAGUUUAAAUGUUGAAAUUGCUCAAAAGUUUCGUAAAGAGAUAGGAGAUUUAAAUAGACAAUGGACAGAUUGUGUAAAAAUCACAGAAGCAAGGCUGCAACGUGUAAAUGAGGCAUUAUUGCAAACCAAAGAGUUAGAUGUAGCAAUGACUGAGACCUUUAAUUGGAUGGAUGAUGUUGAUAAAUUUAUUGAGGAAAUAAAAAGCACUAUUGCAGAAGGUGAUGCGGAGACUAUCAACUCUCAAGUGCAAGAAGUUGAGGCGCUGCAACAAGAUAUUUUAACAGUGCAAAAAAAAGUAGAUUCUUUGAUUGAAACUUGCGUUGUAAUUAUGAAUAGAGGGGAGGAAGCAUAUGCUGCUAUGUUACAGUCAAAGUUAAAGACUCUCCGAGAAAGAUGGGAAAGAAUUACAAUUAAUACUGAAAAUCAAAAAGAAAGUUUACGAAAUGCAGGCCUAAAGUUUCAAGAAGUGAAAGCAGGAAUCAAAGCACUUUUACAAUAUUUAAACACAGUUGAAAAUAAUUUACUCAAUGAAAGGUUGAACACUUGUGAUAAAAACGGAUUGAGGUUAAAAAUUGAUGCCUACGAGGAUAUUAAACUGCAAUUGGGAUUUAAAAGUGGAAUAAUCAAAGAAUAUUUGGAACUAGUAAACAAAUUAAUUUCAACUGCUCCAUCUGGUAAUGAAACCCCUGCAGUUGUUAAAGAACUAGUACAAGGAAGUCAAAUGUUUGCAAAAGUUACUGCUAAAGUGGAGGAUUUUCUUCACAAUGUGAAAGAUACAUUUUCAAAAGUUGAAAAACUGGAAAAUCUUAUUUCAGUUGUCUACAAAAGCAUGGAUAUUACUGAUGUUGCCAUUGACUCAGCCAAGUUGAAAUUAAAUGAAGACAAUGAAAAAUUAGAAAAAUGCUUGUUGGAUCUUGACAACCAGUAUUCUUAUUUGUCAUCAGAUUGUUUUAAAGAUAUUGACAUUGCAGCCAAAGACAUAAUUAACCAUGGAACUUGCUCAUCAUUCGUAACUGGUAUGAUCAGUGAUUAUGAAAGUCGCUUAGAAGACACAAGAGAAAGAUCCAAAAAGUUUCGCUAUAUAGUGGAAGGUGAACUUUUAAAAAGACGACAGUUAAGUGAUGACAUUGUACAAAUUGACAACUGGCUUCAAAAUACAGAGAUGUUGGUCAAUGAGAGAAUCAGUGGUGCUGUUCUUCUUGAAGAAAAGUUUAUUGAAAAUCUUCAAGAGCAAGUUUCUUUGAAUGUAGCUUUAGUUUCAUCUGCUGAGGGUACAAUCAAAGAGUUAGUCCUGGCUGGUGGUCAUCAAAAUCAUAUUGCUCUUGAAAAUAAAUUUAAUGCCAUUAAGUUGCGUUGGUCUAAACUGAUGGAAUCCAUAAAGGUUUUGGAGCAACAACCAAACAUCAAUGAAAUGGAAAAAAGAUUUAUAGUAUUGGAAGGAAGUACUUUGUCAGAUAUUGAUAAUCUCAAGCGAAAAAUUAAAAAAGUCAAACUAGCUUCACCCGAAGUCCCUGAUAUACAAUUGGCAGUGGAAGCUCUUGAGCAAUUAUCACCAAUGUGUACGGUCAUAGAAGACAACAUAUCAGCUCUGCAGAAUAUUGCUGCAGAUAUUUCAACAAAAGCUAACAAAAAUGUAGAUCCUCAAGUUGAUCAAGUUAGAAAAGAAUAUGAAAAUGUCAAAAAUUUACUGAAAGUCCAAGAAAUUAUAUUUGGUGAUGCACUACCUCUUUCUGAAAUUAUUUAUGCAAAUUUUGAAUCUAUCAAUGAUUGGUUGAGAUCUUUGCAAGAUAAUUUAAAUGUUUUAUCUAAAGAACAUUUACCUGAGUUUCCAGAUGACUUAAUACAAAGCAUACAGGCAAUGAUUACGGAGCUCAAUGAUAAAGCGCAAGAUGUCCAACAAUUAAACAAUAAUACCGUACAACUUGGUAAAAUGUCUGAAGCUGAGUCAUUUCGUUUGUUAGAAGCUCGAGUUCAUGAAGUUUACAAUAACUACAUGAGUGCCAAACAAGAAACAAAAGACAUGUAUGAUCUUUUAAUAAAACAGCGUGAUCAAGUGAAUGAAUACAAGGAAGUAGCAAAAGAACUGAAUGAUUGGAUUGACAGCAGGAGGAGUACAUUGCAAUCAAUAGGUGGUGUUUCAAACAAAUUUGAUAUUGAAAUGGAGUUGAUGAAACUUAAGGGAAUUAAAUCUAUUGUUGAUGCUAAAGAAUCAGAGUUGGAUUCCUUUAAAAUGAGAGGAGAUGAUAUUGCUACAAUCUGUAAUUCAAAACUAGUUAGUGCAUGUGAAAAUGAAAUAUUUAAAAGGUGGAAUGAACUUGAAGAUAAAAUAAAGUAUAUACAAAGUACGCUUGAGAUGAAAUUAAAAGAAAUUGAUAGGGUUGAUAGAAUGGAGAAGUUAGACGAAGCUCCACCAGCAAAACAUAGAGUAAUUGAGGCAAAACAGGUUGUUGUCUAUGAACCAAUGAGAACUGUCCAAAGUGGUGAUAUUGAUUUGUUAAAUGAUGGAGGGGGCAUGGAUGAAAACAUUUCAGAACAUAAACUUGAUAAAAUGGAUAUGUGUAGGAUUGUGUCUGUUAAGCAACCAUCAUUUGAUAGAAGAGUAAACCUAAAUAAAUCGAUUGAAAGCUUGGUUGCAGACCUAGAUUCAAUAGAAGAAUCUCUUUUUAACAUGAAAAAUGAUGAAAAUAUUAAUCAUAUUCAAGAAAAUGUUGAAAAGUUAGAUGGUCAACUUUUUGAUCUUCAACCAGAUUUUGAGAUCUUAUUAGAGGAAGCAAACAACAAAGUUGGUGAACUUGAAAAUAAUAAAUCAAUUUUAAAGUUGACACGCAAGCUUAGCAAGAUUCAUGUCAAACUUGAAAUGAGGCGACAGAGCUUAAGAGAGUCUGAUUACAAGUUAAAUUGCAUAAAUAGAGAUGUUGAAAUUUUACAACAAUGGCUUGUUCAAACGGACCAGCUACUCAGAGAUCCACAAUCUGAUAAACUUAAGGGGCUUGAGCUUUUUGAGCAAAGGGCAGCUGAAUUAGAUGCUGUAAACAUUCGUGUAGAACAGCUAUCUACUGUGUGCUCUGACAACUUAAUACCAAAAUCAGACAUUGCUGGGCUUAACAAAAAGUUCAAAAUGUUGUCACGUCAUUUUGAGCAAUAUCAGCGACCUGAAGAAAAAGUGACUACGUACAAAAUAAGUGUUGAAACAGGUAACUUUCCAGAUGCUGAUACUAGGGCUAAUGUAUCAAUUAAACUGUUUGGAGAAUAUGGAAACAGUGAUCAGCUUCAACUUCAAAAAUCAGAAACAAAGCGUAAAAAGUUUCAAAUAAAUCAAGUUGAUUUGUUUACUUUUCGCAAUCAACCAUGGCUUGGCAAGUUGUCUAAGUUACGAGUUUGGCAUGACAAUGAAGGUGUUUCGCCUGCUUGGUACUUGCAAAGUAUAUACAUUUUAGAUGAACUUUCUGGUCGUUUAUUCUGCUUUGUCAUUAAUUCUUGGCUAAGCAAAGACAAAGGUGCUGUGUUAAAAGAAGCACCUGUCAAUUUUGUAGCUCUGUACAAAGAAUCAGUACCUGAUGUUUUAACAAAAAAACAUAGACAAACAGAUGUUCAUUGGAUAUUUGAGUGUGCGACCAAUACCAAAGCAAUAAAACCAUAUCAAGAAUUUGUAUUAGAUAUAAAGAGUAUAAUUGCAAACCUAGAAGAGCUUCAUGGUAAAAUGAGACAAGACUUUUUCUCUAGAAAACCAUUUGAUGAGUAUACAAAAAAAGAAGAAAUUAUAAAUGAGGUUACAAUGGCUAUAAAUGAACUUUAUCCAGUUAUUGCCAGCAUUAUGACGAGUUCUGAGCAAUAUUUAACAGAGAGUUCUGAAACGAAUAUGCAAGAGAUUGACAUCAGCUUAACAUUAAUGAGAUCGAAAUGGAAUUUUUUAAAUAAAGACUUAAAAGAAAAACAAUGCAUAUUUUAUGAUCUCCAAAAAAAAUGGAAAAAUCUUCAAAAUGAUUUAACAGAGUUCCUAAAGUUUAUUGGAGAGUUAGAAAAUGAAUUUAUAACUUGCGAAAGAACAGAGAAAACUUAUAAUACUUUUGAGAAAGCUGUUCAAGAAAAAAAUGUUUUAUUCAAUUCAAUAAUGCAGGCUAUAGAGUAUGUUGUUGCUAAUUCUUCUGAAAUCAAUGGAAAAGAGUUUCUUGAAAAGAAAACAAGUUUAAGUAUGAGAUGGAAUCAAAUAAAAAAACAAUUGAGCAACAUGAAAUUAAGUUUGUUUAGUGGUGAUGAUCACAUGAAAUCAGUGAUUAAAACAUUAGGUGUUUUAGAGAGAUUACUUGCACAAUCUAAGCAUAUUUUGUUAAACAAUAAACCUCAUCCUUUAAAUGAAGAGGAUUUAGAGAUUCAUUUAAAAACCGUUCAGAAUAUUAAGUCUACUCUUGAUCAACGAGAUCAUGUAGAUUUUAUAACCACCCUCAGAUUGGAUCCAGACAAACUUUUUUCCAAAGAUAUUUCCCCAAUAUUGCUAGAAGAAAUCACUGCACAUUCUAACCACUUACUGCAAGAGUGGAGUGAGGUAACUACUUUGUUACCAAACCACAUAACAAUGGUACAAGAGCAGCUUUCAAAAGCCACACUUUUCCUGGAGAAUCUAGAGGAGCUCUAUGAUUGGGUUUGUUCAACAAGAAAUUUGCUUGAAAAAUCCAAACAAGGAAAUCUCACUAAUCAUCAGUUACUUAAGUCGAUUAGAGAUCGCCAAGUGAAUGUUGAUACUAUUAAUUGCUCAGUUGAAGAAUACAAAACUUAUCAAUCUACGAGUCGUUUUCCACAAGAUAUUAUUGAUAAAAUGAAAAGGUUGAACGAAGACUGGAAAGUAAUUUCUACAUUAGCUGUCCAUUCUAUUGAUCAAACAGUUAAUGAAGAAGUUUUAAUCGAGGAGUUACUAAAAGAAAAUGAAGCUGUUAUAACGUUCGACAGCGAAGUUCUUCAGGAAGACAAAAUCAAUAAAUUUGACAAAAACGUUGCUGAGUUACACGAUGUAUUAAAACUCAUUGAGCAAAAGUUAAAAGGAUUUACAUUAAAUGUUGGAGAUCCUGAUGACAUCGAGUUAGCCGUUCAAAAGCAUAACGCAAUUCAACAAGAGGUUAACAACAGACGAGGUGAUCUAGAGGACGUUAUAGAAAUGGGAGCAGCGUUGACUAUGAAUUCAAAAAAUGAAUCGUUUAACUAUGCUACAGACGAUAAAAUUACAAAACUUAAGGAACGUUGGGAUAUUGUUUCUAAAAAGAUUGAAUCUCAAAAGGCAAUGUUUGAACAGCUAAAUCGUGAUUUGCGAAGAUGUAACUUAAUUAUAACUCAGGUGGACAAUUGGAUUCACAAGGCGGGAAGUCAGUUAAAUGAACGAUUAAAAGUUGGUAGCACGGUAACAGAACUUGAAAACCAACUUAGCAAACAUAAGGUUUUCCAAGAAGAAUUGUUAGCAUUUUCUGAACAAUUUAAUAACGUUAGAAAGCAAACUGAUGAUAUUCUACAAACAUAUUCUAGUCUCGAUUUAACCAGCUUUAAAGGAAAGUGCAAGGAAAUGAUGCAAGCUUGGAGUGAUUUAGAUACAAAGUCGAAUAUUCGACAACAAUCUUUACAAGAGGCUCUAGAUAAUAUUCUCGUAUUUCAUAAAAACAUGAUUGGGGCUUUAACGUGGCUUUCGUCCGCUGAAUCAAAAGUUGCAGAGCUUGAUUCACUGUUCGAAGCAAGUCAGACCGAAGAUAAUACUGAUUUGGAAGAGCUACAGCAAGAAAUGUUGGCUUUAGAAGAAGAUAUUGCGUUACAUCAAGCUAUGUUCCAAAGUCUUAAUGAUACUGGUAACCAGAUCAUGAUGGAUCUUGAGCAAGGCGAAGUUAGAACAGCAUUGCAAUCUAAAUUAGAUGAUAUGAACGAUAGAUGGAACAGCUUAGGCUUAAGGGUUGUUGAUAUAAGAGAUAGAAUGGCUGAUGGUACUGGAGAAUGGCGUCAGUUGCUAUUUGACAUGCAGGAGAUAGUGGAUUGGUUGUUAAGAGCCGGACAAGAACUCAACUCGCAACAACCAGUUGGAUCAGAUAUCUCAACUAUAAAACACCAGCAUGAAAAUCAUCAGGCAUUCAAGGGGAAACUUCUGGUUCGUCAAGUAGUUAUAAAGCAAGUUUUGGAUCAAGGUCGUAAUUUUUUAAUGAAACACCAAGUGCAUGAACUUGCUUCUCGUGAAGACAAUAUUGUUUCUAGUGUUCAAGAACAGAUUGAACAUAUUGAAACACAAUGGCAAUUGUUAAUGAGCAAUUCAGAAAAGUGGCAAGUUACAAUAGAUACAGUUUUAGAGCUUGUGAACAAGCUCGUUAAAGAAAUAGAUGAUCUUAACAACCGUCUCAAAGAUGCAGAAAAUCGUAAAAAUCUUUGGAAUCCAACUUCAGAUUUUAAUUGUGAGAAUGUAAACAAAGCUUUGGAAGAAACUAAAGUUUUCAAUGACAGUGUCACCUCACUUGAGCCAUACAUUGAUAGUAUUAAUGGUAAGGUUAAAGCUUUAAAGGUUAGUUAUGGAGUAGAUUUAGGACAAAAACAAAAGCAAGUUGAUGAAUUUCUACAAAGAUGGAGUAAAUUACAAUCAGAAUGUGAACAAAGACACAAUAUGUUGAAUAACAUUUUAAAUAAUGACCAAGACAAACAGUCACAGCUUCAAGGAAGUGUCUCACCACCAUGGGAACGAAGUUGCUCUUUAAACAAAGUGCCAUAUUAUAUUAAUCAUACCACAAAAGUGACUCAAUGGGAUCAUCCUAAAAUGACAGAGUUGUACAACACUUUAGCUGAGUUAAAUGAUGUAAAAUUUGCUGCAUAUCGAACUUCUAUGAAGCUGAGAUGUAUACAAAAAGCUUGUUGUCUUGAUCUUGUGGAUAUGGACAAUGUUGCAAUUAAAGCCUUUCAGCGUCAUGACAUUACAGCAAAUAAGGACAGUUUAAUUGAUGUUGGAGAAAUGGUUGCAGUUCUGUUGACAAUGUUUGGUAAUAUUGAUCCAACAAGAAAAGAAGCUAUUGUUGUUCCACAAUGUGUUGAUUUGACUUUAAAUUGGUUACUUAAUGUUUUCGAUAGUGGACGUAUUGGAAAGCUUCGCGUUUUAUCAUUCAAGAUUGCCAUUGUCUUGUUAUGUCGAGCUAAACUAGAAAACAAAUGGAAAUAUUUAUUUGAACAAAUAGCUGAUUCUUCAGGCCAUGCAGAUUCUAAAAAGUUAGGGCUUCUGUUACAUGACUGUGUUCAGAUUCCACGACAACUCGGUGAAAUUGCUGCUUUUGGUGGAAGCAAUAUAGAGCCAAGUGCAAGAAGUUGUUUUGAAAAGGCUAAAAAUCCAACAGUCAUUGAAGUCAAUAACUUCUUAGAAUGGACUUCAGCAGAACCUCAGUCACUAGUGUGGAUGACAGUUUUACAUAGACUUGCAGCAGCAGAAACUGCAAAACACGAUGCAAAAUGUGGUAUUUGCAAAGACUUUCCUAUUGUUGGGUUUAGAUAUCGUUGUUUAAAAUGUUUUAAUUAUGAUCUUUGUCAGAAUUGCUUUUGGUCUGGGCGUGUGUCAAAGAGUCAUCGGCUUACUCACCCUAUGCAUCAGUACAGUUUAGCGACAACAGCUGGUGAAGAUAUGAGUGAUUUCGUUAAACUGAUGAAAAACAAGUUCAAAUCCCGAAGAUAUAGGAGUCGACCUCCUAAAAAGCUUGGUUAUUUACCUGUUCAAACUAUUAUGGAGGGCAGCAGUAUUGAAACACCAUCAGUACCUUCAAGUCCCAAUAUCAAGUUUUCAUAUUUAAGCAAUGACAGAUCAAGUUCACCAGAGUCAGAGAACUAUAGAAUGGUUGAUGAUAUUAAUGAAGAACAUCGUUUAAUCCAACACAUGUGUCGAAGUCUGAGUAGUGAAGAUUCUAGACUUCUUCCUUUAAAAAGUCCGUCGGCUAUCUUAGCAUCAUUAGAUAUCGAAGAAAAGAUUGACAUUGCUCAGAGUGUAAAUGACAUUAUUUCGGAUCUUGAAGAAGAACAUAGAGCAUUGGAGUCUGAAUAUAAUCGUUUGAAAAAUAUGCGUGCAAAUGGAUCCAAUCCUCGAAGUUCGAGCGAUUCAGAAUUAAUUGCAGAAGCCCAACUUCUCCGUCAGCAUAAAGUUCGGCUUGAAGCUCGCAUGCAAAUAUUGGAACAUCAUAACAAACAACUCGAAGCACAAUUACAGCGGCUUAGGCAACUGUUGGACCAGCCUCAAUCAGAUCGAAGCGUGCAAUCUUCUGCUGGAGUAACUCCGACGCUUACUCCGUCUUCUUCGUAUCAUGGAUCACCCGAACUUGGACGUCGUGAUUAUAGCUUUACAAAUGGUUACUCUUUAACUAAUGCUAUGGACAUCCAACAAGUCACAAAUCAAAUCGAGAAUGCGUUUCCUAUGGACUAGUCUUAGUUUCUAAAUUUUUCUAUUGUAUAUUCUUGUAUUGUUAGUUAGUUUUGUAGAUAAUAACUGUACAUAAAAUUUGUUUUUUUGCAGUUAACGCACCUCGUUUUUGUACAUAAACAUUUUACAUCAUUUUUGAUAUCAUUUAAUAUUUAAUGAUUUA